GGUCGGACAGAACAGUGCUUUGAUGAGAUGGCGUGAUAUUUAUGUCUGUGUCUGAGUUCCAGAUGAAAUUACGGACUUUUUGUACAAAGUGAUACGGAUCAGCAGCAUUUUUUGCAGCCAUGCUCCUGCUGACGUGUUUGUUUUUCGCGCUGGUUUUGUUCAGCAGGACAGUUUGUAGGCUGUCUGAGCAUGUUAAUGACGGAAACUUUUCAAAGCACCAGGAUCAGAUUCAGCAGCCACCGGUUUCUAAUUCCUCUCCAGGUUCUGCCUUCACCCUAAAGGUCCAGGUGAAUGACAUGUGGAAUCGUGACUACCUGAGCCAGGCAUUGGUGGAAGUCUAUGUUAACUACACUUGGACCAGUGAAGCUCUGACUGGAGAAGAUGGUACUGCUACUGUUGCUGUACCUUAUCAAACCGGACUGCCAAUCACAGUCGUUGCCAGCAAGGAAGGCUACAUAUGGAUGCCCCUACCUUAUAAAACCAGCAGAAUGCCAAGUAAGAUGAUAUAUUUGUCAACCAUAGUAAAUCAGCAGGCUUUAUCAAAUUAAUCAAAUGCGAAAUGUUA